AUGGUCGCCGAGUUUCUCACCAUCCGCAACAACACAAGCACUCCAAUCAUCCUGAAGCGCAUUGAGCGCUUCGGGCCCCCGGAGUCCAACAAUGACUUCGGUAUCCUCGCCAGAAACUUCACUCGGGUUCUCACGAACCAAACCCGUGCCAAUGCGCCCGUUCUCGCGAUCACCGAAUUGACACAGCCGUUCGAGGAGCUGCAAGGCCUCGAUAUCCGUGUUGAGCCAUUCGCAACCAAAACGACCCAGCGCCGAGCCUUCAAGAACUCUGAAAAGGAGCGCAUGCGUCUAACCUUCGAAGUCGAGGGUGAGCGACACCAGAUUCAAACACCCGUGCCAACCGCCGAGUCGGCUACCAUGAAAGCGCUGGCCGAGCACCCCAAAUUCCGGUUCACAGGCAUCUACAUCACCCCCGAGUCUCAUUUGAGCAUUUUCUCCUCUGCAAACCUGAAUGCCUGGAUGCACCAACUGCGCGAUGAUACCCUUCUCUCUGCGCUCUCGAUUCCUGGAACCCACAACUCCCCAACAUGCUAUAUAGCCCCACCUUCCGUGCGCUGUCAGGCCGUGAGCCCACGCGAACAACUGAAGAACGGUGUCCGCUUCUUCGAUAUCCGUGUCCAACCACAGUAUCCCGAUGACCCGGCAAAGGAUGAACUGAUCCUUGUGCAUAGCGUGUUUCCCGUCUCACUGACUGGGAACAAGUACUUCCGCGACUUGAUGAAGGAGGUCAAUGAAUUCCUCGAGCAGAAUCCGUCCGAGUCUUUGAUUAUCUCGGUCAAGCGUGAAGGUGCCGGGAAUGCGAAGGAUGAACAGCUUGCUCGCAUCUUGCACCAGCACUACGCCGUUCAAGGUAGUCGCUGGUGGGUUCGACCUAAGAUCCCGACUUUGGGCGAGGCGCGUGGUAAGGUGGUUCUUAUUCGCCGCUUCAACUUGCCUGAGCCACUGAAGAAGGAGCAUGGAGGAAAUGGGUGGGGCAUUGAUGCUGCUGCUUGGGAGGAUAAUACUCCCAGCGCGGUUUGCCCAAGUGGACAACUCUGUAUUCAGGAUUUCUACGAGGUCCAAGAAUCGACUAAUAUUGAGAAGAAGAUCAAAUUUGUCAAGGAGCAGAUUGAUCGCGCCUCGCAUGCUCAAUAUCCGUUGGGUGUGUUGCCCAAUGCACAGGAGGCCCGGAAAUAUCCUUUCUUUAUCAACUUUUUGAGUGCCAGUAACUUCUGGAAGACUGAUACCUGGCCGGAGAAGAUCGCUGCUAAGGUCAACCCGGCUACUGUUGAUUACAUUUGCCGUCGUCACAAGGACGACGAUAGAGAUUGCUCGACGGGUAUCUUGGUGACUGAUUGGGUUGGACAUGAUGGGGACUGGGAUCUUGUGCGUUGUAUUGUGGGCAUGAAUGCUAAGCUGCGCCUUCGACAGAACUAA